UCGCGUCUUGUGAUAGAAAGGAACACGCCGCGCUCAGAAGUGAGCAGCGAAGACUUUAAAUGUAGGUUCAUUCCGAAUUUGUGCUUUUGUACCGAUUCGUCGACCGUAUGAAAAACUACUCCUUAAUUAUUAUUUAAUGCAGAAUAUACUCGACUCGUCUCAGUGAACGUUGCACCUUCUCGUGCUAGUUUCGCUCGCUAGUUAGCUUAGCUUGCUAAUUAGCUUAGCUUGCCGGCUUCUAACAAAAGAGACUUGGGCGUCAUCAACAGAUCACUAAGCAGAGAUCAAGUAGGUGAAAAUGUGCGAAAGAAGGGUAGCAGAGUACGAGGAGGAACUUUCUCCAACAAAACGGAAGAAUGAGCGACGACAGCGACUGCAAGCUGUUUUGAAAAAACAUCACAGACCAGAUGCCCAGCAGUUGAUUGGACGUCAAGAAGAAGGUCUCCCUCAGCCGCUGGGGAGAAGAUUCACUUUGAAGCAGGAGGCGCCGCAGCCCCCGCAUUAUCUAGAGGAAGAGGAGGAGGCACAGGCACCCCACAUUAAAAAGGAAGAGGAAGAACUCUGGAUCACUCAGGAGGAAGAGUGUCUUCUCGGGCAGGGAGAGGCUGAUCUCACCAAGUUUCCACUGACUGUUGUCUCUGUGAAGACUGAAGGCCAUGAAGAGAAACCACCUGAGUCCUCACAGCUUCAUCACAGUCCAAACGUCCAGCAGCUGAUUGGUUAUCAAGAAGAACCUCUGCUUCAGUUGAAGGAGGAGCCACAGCCCCCCCACAUUAAAGAGGAAGAAGAGGAACUCUGGAUCACACAGGAGGAAGAGCGUAAUCUAGGGCAGGAGGAGGCUGAUCUCACCAAGUUUCCACUGACUGUCGUCUCUGUGAAGACUGAAGACCACGAAGUAGACCACCUCAUAGCCCCACUGUCAUCAGAUAGUGACGACGCGUCACACGAUAAUAUGGUUGUGUACGUUGUGGUGGAGUUUUUGGGAGAACACACAGUUAGUGCUGUACCGGAGAUUUGGACUGCAGAGGAUGAAGAGGGACUGUUCUGCUACUGGCCAUCAACCAACGUUUCAACAAGAAUCAGGCGAGGCGAGAUGCCGGACAAGGAGUUGUGGGGCAAGAUUGGAAUCAGAAUCUUCCCUCAUUCCUUCACCGAGUGCUAUGAGAAGGCCUUGCGGUACGCAAAACAGAUAGAGUUUUCUUCCAACAUAGAGACGGAGCAGGAAGACCCCAUAGGUAAAAGAAAGCGCCGGACACCUGAGCGCUACCGAGAGACUGAAGCUGAAGACAUGGAUGGUGAUGACGAAAAUGAUGAGUCACCUGAAAAGAGACCUAAAUAUGAUGAGCUACAGAACUAUGUGGUACCUUUGCCCAACGCACCAGUAUAUGCAGGGCGCCCCCAAAUACGCCGCUCGCUGACUCCAAGCAGCACCCACACCCCUUCAUCCAACAACCAACGCUCAAGACGCCGCGCGCUGAGUGCGCUGAGUCCAAGCAAGACCCACACCCCUUCGUCCAAGGACCAACGCUCAAGACGCCGCACGCUGAGUGCGCUGAAUCCAAGCAAGACCCACACCCCUUCGUCCAAGAACCAAUGCUCAAGACGCCGCUCGCCGACUCCAAGCACCUCACAGGCUUCUGGCUCUGGGUCAAGAAGACAUGCUCAUACCAAUGAAGCAGUCCAGUUCAACAUAAACCUACAAACCAUUUUGAGCAACCAAGACGAGAUCCUGCGGCUGCUGAGAGUUAUUUCUGCAAAAUCCACUGGGGGCGAACCAGUUGACGUCCGCGAUCUAAUCCCAGAGAAACUCACAACAGUGGACCAACUCAAUCUACUCUGCGAAAAACUGCAGGCAGAUGAAGACUUUCGACGGAAACUGAUCAAAGCCCUCAGUGCCAUUGGUGGAGCCAACUUAGUGGAUGGGGUGAGGGCGAUCGUCAAGAACAUUGGACAGAACAAGCUCUGGGAAAACUACAGCCUAACAGGGAGGAAGGGCAAACUGCCAUUGAAAGACCUCUCCAUAUGCAGGGUCAUAGUCAAAGCAUGCCAGAUGACAUUCAAUUCUGUCAAAACCCAAGAGGUCUAUGACGAGCUAACGGAGGUGCUGAAGUAUGCCCCACACAGGCGCGGAGGAUCCAAGCACAAGGUUGGCAAAAGGAAGCGAGACGAGAAUGAUCAUGCGUGAAAUUUCGAAUGGCACUCGCCUAGCUAGAUCAAGUUUAAUUAUAGACUAAUACAGCAAAUUAUAACUUUAUCUGUUUACGCUGUAUCAACAUUUACUGACUUCAGUUAAAUAAAG